UGCCGCCAAACGGAGGCAGAAAACAGACAGUUAUGCUAGAGUGUUAGCUUGCUGUUUCACACUGGCAGAAGCCCUGUCAGCUUCAAAUCUACCAAUCAUAUGAUAAUUUGGAUUAUCUCGUAUUGUAACAGUCAUUCAACUUUGAGGUAAUUAACAAAUCGAUCACUCGUUGUUUGAAAUAAAAACUAAUCGACAUUAACACGCACAAAGGUUAUCAUAUUCGCUUGAUUUUUCGUCUAUGAUACCAAAAUCAGCAUCGCAACUCACCCAAGUCUGGUAAGCAAGCAGGCUCGUCGAGUUCUGUACGCGAACCAGAGCGUCACUAACCCAGCCAGAAGAGGCUCGUGCAUUAUGGGAUCUUUCUGGGCUUGACUUUUUGGGCUAGGGGCUGCCUCGUGCGACUUUUCCUUUAUUCCUCAAGAAACUAAUGUUGCUAAUCAACCAGCCUCACAUGUUGAUGGCGGUGACAGCUCUUCUUUGACGAAUUUGGAAGUCCCGAAACUGGGUCGUCUUUGAGGGCAACCGGUAUGGGAUCCCAAGUCUGAUGCGUCAGUUUAAUCAACAGUACCAGGAAUGAAUCAACCUUCCGUCUGACCCUAGUGUGCGGGUGUCUGUUCACCCUUCUCAGGCGAUUCAGCUUCCCACUACCACAUUAUGUAUGUGGGAUGGGGCGACUAGAUGCGGGUCCCACUCUGCAGGGGGUAUGGUUAUCUUGGAUCAGGGUGGUCACAUCCUCUCCUCCAGAGAGGUUCAGUUCCCGGGCAUUUAUGACCCAAUGAUAGUUGAAUUACUGGUUCUUAGGGAGGCUGUCAGAUGGUAUCUGGAUCGUGGCCUAUCGGAGGUGUGCUUUGCUGGUGACGCGAAGGUGAUAAUUGAUAAGAUUAAUGGCAUGGAUACCAGGGAUAGUUGCAUGGGGGUAAUCCUUGAAGAAGUUGCAGGUCUCCUGACGCUGGGUAGUCAGUUUUGUGUGUGAUUUGUAGGUCGGAGGAACAAUAGGGUAGCCCAUUUGGUGGCUGGAAAGGCCCUUUCUUUGUACUCGUCUACGUGUCGCUUUUUUGAAUUUCUGGCUUGGCUCAGGGUGUAAUGAUCUUUUUGUCUAAUCAAUAUAUAUGUGAUGAUCUUUUGUUAAAAAAAAAAAGAUUAUUGCUACGGUUGUUAAAUUCAUUGAAGACCAAAGUUGAAUGACCAUUUUGUUAGUUGCUCCAAAGUUCAAUGACCGUUUCUGUAACUAGACUAUAACAAACCUACGAUGAUUUCUAGGGAAUACAAAAGACAACACUAUGCCCCUCCCUACUUAGUAAUAUCCUUCCAACAUUAGCUGUAAUAUAUUUGCCACUGACUCUUCCUCUCUUCUGAAAAAAGCCCUAAAUAAAACCCCCCCACCAAUUCUCAAACGGUUCAUAGAUCAUCCUCUUACAGAAAACAUUGAGAGCAGCAAAGCUAUGCAAGAAACUACGGUGAGAACGAAGAGCUUUCGGGAUGAGGACCACAGCUACAGGAGGGUGUUUCUGAGGAGCUAUCCACUUCACUGGGAAGCCGACGAUAAAAGUGAUGACAACAUAAGCAUGUCAGCUAACAAGAACGACCAGAAGAAACCUAUGAAGAAGAUGAUACUGUCUGUUUUUCAGUGGGGAGAAGCUAGGGUUCUGGUUCUGAGAAGAUUCAAGCACAAGGUCACGGUGUACGCCGUGAGUUGUAUCCCUGGUGGCUAAACAAAGAAGACUUAUGGGGUCCUAAUUUCAAUCUGAUCUCCAUUCUUCUUCAGUAAGAAACUCUACUUGAGCCACACAUACAAGGGGAGGCAGCUAAUAAUGUAUGUGCUUGGAUUCUAUGAUCGUGGAUUCAAAGAGAAUCGGAGUGCCUAUUUAUACAUAGUCAGCUGAAAUAUCACUCUCUGCCUUUUCUGCCAUCAUUUUGUUUUCCGAUGUUUCUGAAACCUAUGUGUUAUUCUGAAUGUAUUAAGAUAAUAAUUCACAACAAAUGUGAGAACUGAAGUUGCAUGAAACAUUAACGCAGUGGCUGACAAGGAGCAAUAACAUAAAUCGCCUCGAGAAAUCGAAUGAUCACUCCCCUAUGAUUUCUACCUCAGUUUAACAAAAGAAACCCAACUUGAUCUGCUUAGUUUAUGCAGGAGGGGGAUAGGAGAAACAAAGACAUGACUUUCGC